AGUGAUCUACAAGCGAACCAAAAACUGCUGCAUGUCCACUAAGAAGGAAGGGGACGACAAUCAACAUCAAUUGUACAUAUUUACAUAUGUUGAAUAGUUUGAUUUCGCGGAAAUAAAACAGCCAGACAGAAAAAAUUAUCGAUUUCGGUUCCGAAUCCGGUGGUCGUCUUAAAGGCGUCACUAUUGUAAAGCCAAUAGUGUACGGCAACAUUGCGCGGUCAUUUGGCAAGAAGCGGGAAGAGGAUGGUCACACACAUCAAUGGAAGGUCUAUUUAAAGCCCUAUUACAACGAGGACAUGUCGAUUUAUGUCAAGAAGGUACAUUUUAAGCUGCACGAGAGCUAUGCAAAUCCUAACCGCAUUGUGGUCAAGCCGCCAUAUGAGAUAACAGAGACCGGCUGGGGCGAAUUCGAGGUGGUCAUAAAAAUCUACUUCAACGACCAGUCCGAGCGGCCGGUGACAUGCUACCACAUUCUGAAGCUGUUCCAGUCGCCUGUAGUUGACGGGGAGCUUACGUCUUCUACUACCAUGGAUACAAAAAAGGGAUUGGUGUCGGAAUCGUACGAAGAAAUAGUUUUCCAAGAACCCACCCAAAUCAUGCAGCAUUAUUUGCUUCUGUCGGAUCAGAGUUCCAUCGGUUUGCUCAACCACGACACAGAUUUUGAGGAAAAAAAGAGAAAAACUUUGGACAACAUUGUGAAUGUAAAACAAAAAGUAAAAGGAGAGAUUGUUACUUUAAAGGAUAGGCUUAAACUGGCUCGAGAGACGAUCGUUAAGUUCAAGGCAGAGCUAGCCAAAGUUCAAAAAGCAUCCACUUAAAAUAAUUCGAAGUCUGCAAUUCUGGUUACUUAAGUUAUUAUCAAAUACAUUUUUAAAAUAAUUAGUUCGUAUGCAAAAA